AUGAAGGCAUAUUGGUUCGACAACGAGGAGGGCGACCAACGCCUCCCCCACGAUUCCCAGAAGCCGGUAGAUCCCUCAUACCUGGCCGCGCUGGGCGUCCUCUACUCGUCGCACCCGGAGCUCUCCACGGUAGACGAGCUGGCCAAGGAGCGCGACUACAAGAACCGCGACGAGAUCACCGUAUCGCCCAGCGCCAUGGGCGCCGUCUACGAAGACAAGGUUAAAAUGUUCUUCCACGAGCACCUGCACGAAGAUGAGGAGAUCCGCUACAUUCGCGACGGAGCGGGCUAUUUUGAUGUGCGCAGCGAGGGCGACCAGUGGGUGCGCAUCCGGCUGGAGAAGGACGACUUGAUCAUCUUGCCCGCUGGCAUCUACCAUCGCUUCACGACCGACCAGGAUAAUUAUAUCAAGGCCAUGCGCUUGUUCAAAGACGAACCCAAAUGGACGCCCUUGAACCGGGGAGCCGAAACCGAUACGAAUGCUCAUCGCAAGGCGUAUCUUGAAGGGAGAGAUGGUGGCAAUUAA